AUGGCAAUAGCCGGGAACUCAGGUGUUGGGAGUAGCAGGGGAGGCAAUAGCAAGAGGAGGAGUCAUGGGGAUGGCGGCAAGCAUGCUCGAUACACAGCUCCGCAAAUUGAGGUACUUGAGAAAUGCUUUGGUGAGUGUUCGAAGCCAAAUAACUAUCAAAGGCAGGAAAUGAUAAGAGCAAACCCGGUCCUUGGGAGUGUCGAUUCUAAGCAAAUUAAGAUCUGGUUUCAGAACCGGAGGUGCCGUGACAAGCAGAGGAAAGAAAAUACCGACCUUCAGUUGGUAAACCAAAAGUUGAUUGCUGAAAACAAGCUAUUGAUGGAAGAGAAUGGUCGCCUUCGGAAUCAGGUGACGGAGCUGGUAUAUGAGAAUAAACACUUGCGGCAGCAUCUGAAAAAUGUAUGCUAA